GGGGCUAAACUUCCGUGUUUAACAAAUUACCUACAUACACGUCAUUAUAGUUAGUUAAAAAUUAGUACACACACGUAGUAAUUGAAUUUUCUAGAGUUGUAUCAUUUAAAAUAUGAAAUUAUUAUAAGAUAAUGUGAAUUAAAUUUAUUUUAAACUUAAAAAAAAAUACGUGCGUGGAAAUCUUAAAAAGUGGAUAUUUUGCAUAAUAUUUUCUUUCAUAAGACGGACGUUGGAAUUGAAUAUUUAACAUGAGAGACGUUGAUCGAAAAUGCAUGUCUUUUCUGAUCCUAGGCAUUGGACUUUUCGCUGUUGUGUCGUGCCAGAUGUUUGAUAAAAAGCCGACUAUUUAUGAUCAUAUGAAGAGCGGCGCCAAUACGAUCAAAUCUAACUUGAUCGAUUCGGAACUUAAAGUUGAAAAUAUGUUUCUUCCAGAUGAAUGUACCAUUGAUGAGGAGGAUUUUUAUGGUGAUAGGGGAGAUGAAAUUGCUGCAGCGAAGGAAAAACUUCGUUUGAUAAAAGCUGAGGAGGGUGAUACUGUGACACUGCAUUACAAGGUAAUGGACCCGAAUUGA